UCAUUCGCGCUGAGUGCUGUUUCUUCAAAAAAUCACAUUCUGCGAUUACACAGCGUUGUGCAGCACUUUUUCCACAAUUUUUGUAAAGUUUAUUUCGGCAUUGAAAAUACACUUUAAUUCGGUUCCGGUUUAGUUGUGCACUUGGUGGAUCUUUCACGGGGAGUGCAUUCUCUUUCAGUGGACACAAAUUGUCUCGAGUAGAAAGUCCCGGAGCUUAGCACCGCGAAUUGGAUUUUUUUCUUCUAGUGAAGGAUAAUGUCUGCGGCCGUGAAACCGGAUGAUGGCGUAAUUGGCGGGGACCAAACUGGAAUCACGGAUUCGUCCGACCCCAAAAAUAUGGAAACGAUUAAGGCGAGGGCCGAGGAACUGAAAAAUCAGGCGAACGAGUACUUUAAAAACAAAGACAACGAGAAGGCCGUCAAACUGUACACAGAAGCGAUCGAGCUGGAUGGCACCAACGCGAUUCUCUACGCAAACCGUAGCUUUGCCUACCUCCGACAGGAAGCGUUCGGAUAUGCAUUGAACGAUGCCGUCCAGGCGAUCAAGUGCAACCCAAACUACCUUAAAGGCUACUACCGGAGGGCUGGGGCCCAUAUGGCCUUAGGAAAAUUCAAACUGGCCCUGCAGGACCUGGAGCUGGUAGCGAAGCGGUGCCCCAACGACAAGGACGCCCAGACGAAGUACACCGAAUGCAACAAAAUUGUCAAAAAGAUGGCCUUCGAGCGGGCGAUCGCCGUCGACAAACAGGAGAAGAGUCUACUCGAAAUGUGCCGUGACUUGGAGUCGGCAACCAUUGAAUCAGAUUACGAAGGACCUAAACUCGAAGACGGCAAAGUGACGUUGGAAUUCAUGAAGCACCUAAUGGACUGGUACAAAAAUGAGAAGAAGCUUCACAAAAAUUUUGCUUAUAGGAUCCUGUGUGAUGUGGAAGCCCUGUUCAAGAAGCAACCAUCACUGGUGGACAUCAAAGUGCCGGACGAGUGCAAAUUCACCGUGUGCGGUGACAUUCACGGCCAGUUCUACGAUUUGCUCAAUAUUUUUGAAAUCAACGGACUGCCUUCGGAAUCCAAUCCAUAUCUAUUCAAUGGAGACUUUGUCGAUCGGGGUUCGUUCUCGGUGGAGUGCAUAUUCACGUUGUUCGGGUUCAAGUUGCUGUAUCCAGAACACUUCUAUCUUUCAAGAGGAAAUCACGAGAGUGUGAAUAUGAAUCAAAUGUACGGCUUCACCGGUGAGGUGGUGGCGAAGUACUCGCAAACUAUGUCAGAGAUGUUCACGAUUGUGUACAAUUGGCUUCCGUUGUGCCAUUGCAUUAACCAGAAGGUGCUGGUCAUGCAUGGAGGCUUGUUUUCGAAGGACGGUGUAUCGCUGGACGAUCUCCGAGCGAUCGAUCGGAACCGGCAACCCCCGGAGGAGGGCUUAAUGUGCGAACUGUUAUGGUCCGAUCCGCAGCCGCAGAAUGGGCGGGCCCCAUCGAAGCGCGGCGUCGGCAUUCAGUUCGGACCGGACGUGACGCAAGCUUUCCUGGCGCAUAACAAACUGGACUACGUCGUCCGGAGUCACGAAGUCAAAGAUGACGGAUACGAAGUGGCCCACGACGGAAAAUGCAUAACGGUGUUUUCGGCGCCAAACUAUUGUGACGCCAUGGGUAAUUUAGGUGCAUUCAUCAAUAUAAAAGGAAAUGAUUUAACACCUAAAUACAAAACAUAUGCCGCUGUUCCGCAUCCCAAAGUCAAACCAAUGGCCUACGCUAGCUCGCUAAGUCUUCUUGCGUAGUACCUGAGCUCAACGGAUACUGCCAAUAAACUAGUUUCCUAGUAGUAAGUGGAAGUGAUCGCGGGAUUCGACCAACAUCAAGCAGCCUGGACCAUCUCCAACCGCUGCCUGGAACGGUUCUGCUCUGAUCUUUUUCGUUAGAACAACCAAUUGUGGAGGUAGGUAUUAUUUUUUUAGAAAUGGUUUUUUUUUAACUGAUUCCAACACAACACGUUUACAACAUUGAGUUUUAUGUUAUACAACAUUUUUGUGUUACUUUUAUGUACAAUGUACUGCAGUCGGACUGUUGAGAAGUCGCGAUUAAAAUUUUAUUUCAAAUUUAGAAAAUGCUCUGAAACAUACAAAAAUGAUGAAACACAGUUGUUAAAUUCUAGACUGUUAGGUUUUAGACAGCAUCUUACAGAUGAUAAUUGAGAUAAAAAAUAUAUAGGAAAAAAAACAAGAGUAGUUAAAUAAACACAUGAUUAAAUCGUGAUCAAAUGUGAAACUAAGACCAACACAACACACUUGCUAUACUCUAGUAAACAUACUACAAGUUGGUAUUGUAGAAGUAAAUUUACACACUAACAAUCACACUCCAACAUUCUUACGAAUAAAUAAAAAAAAAUAUAAAAAAACAGUAGAGCUAGUUCUCGAAAACCAAAAAUCACAAUAUCAAUAAAAAAAAGCCGUUACGCUCUCGACGGAGACUCCGCUUUUUCUAUACGUAUGACUCGGGAAAAAGAUUUUCGGUGUAAAUUGAGAAGAACAUUGCCCUAUCUUUACCACACAUUAAAAAAAACAAAAACGAGUGAGCUGAAACGAGAUCGAACACUGUAAUAAAUACAACGGAGGGCUUGUCAAUGAAGCCGAAUGCAUGUGUGCGUGUUUUAGUGGAUAUGGAACAAGUUGUACCGUACGUUUUAGGGAAAAGAACAAACAUUAUAGAUAAUAAAGCCGCAACCAUUGUUUCAGAAAAUGAA